AUGUCGAAAUAUAGGCACAGUAGUAUAUAUAAGGCUGACUCUGAACCAAAAUUCUGUGACCAAGACAUAGGAACAGGAGGCAGUAACGGAAAAAUAGUGACAGUCCGAAAUAAUUUCGUUCCUCGACAAUCCGAAAUCGUAUUGCGUCAUACCUUGAUAAUCCGAAAAAUCGUCUCGUCGCAGAAUAUGGAGUUGGGAGGUCAACCAUCACAGAUAUAA